AGGCAAAGCAACCCCAUGGCAAGGAGCAAGCCAGAAGGGUCCAGCUUCUACAUGACCCACCUGUCCAUGGCUCUGGCUUAUUCCUUUACUCCAGAUGCUAGUACGCAGCCCCACCCCCAGCUGGGCAACACCCAGCAACAAACAGAGUUAGGAAAGGAUCUGACCGGCACCAUGCCCUACCAAUACCCAGCACUGACCCCGGAGCAGAAGAAGGAGCUGUCUGACAUAGCUCUUCGCAUAGUGGCUCCAGGAAAGGGCAUCCUGGCUGCAGAUGAGUCCACUGGGAGCAUUGCCAAGCGGCUGCAGUCCAUUGGCACUGAGAACACCGAGGAGAACCGACGUUUCUAUCGCCAGCUGCUGCUGACUGCAGACGAUCGUGUGAACCCCUGCAUUGGGGGUGUCAUCCUCUUCCAUGAGACACUCUACCAGAAAGCGGAUGAUGGGCGUCCCUUCCCCCAAGUUAUCAAAUCCAAAGGCGGUGUUGUGGGCAUCAAGGUAGACAAGGGUGUGGUGCCUCUGGCAGGAACAAAUGGAGAGACUACCACCCAAGGGCUGGAUGGGCUGUCUGAGCGCUGUGCCCAGUACAAGAAGGACGGAGCUGACUUUGCCAAGUGGCGCUGUGUGCUGAAGAUUGGGGAACACACCCCCUCAGCUCUUGCCAUCAUGGAAAACGCCAACGUUCUGGCCCGUUAUGCCAGCAUCUGCCAGCAGAAUGGCAUCGUGCCCAUUGUGGAGCCUGAGAUCCUCCCUGAUGGGGACCACGACUUGAAGCGCUGUCAGUAUGUGACUGAGAAGGUGCUGGCUGCGGUCUACAAGGCUCUGAGUGACCACCACGUCUACCUGGAAGGCACCUUGCUGAAGCCCAAUAUGGUGACCCCAGGCCAUGCCUGCACCCAGAAAUUUUCUCAUGAGGAGAUUGCCAUGGCAACCGUCACUGCACUGCGCCGUACAGUGCCCCCUGCCGUCCCUGGGGUCACCUUCCUGUCUGGUGGCCAGAGUGAGGAGGAGGCAUCCAUCAACCUGAAUGCCAUCAACAAGUGCCCCCUGCUGAAGCCGUGGGCCCUGACCUUCUCCUACGGCCGAGCCCUGCAGGCCUCUGCUCUGAAGGCCUGGGGCGGAAAGAAGGAGAACCUGAAGGCUGCUCAGGAGGAGUAUGUCAAACGAGCCCUGGCCAACAGCCUCGCCUGCCAAGGGAAGUACACACCAAGCGGCCAGUCGGGGGCUGCAGCCAGCGAGUCUCUCUUCGUCUCUAACCAUGCCUACUGAGCCGUAGUGUUCUAAGGCUGCCCCCUCAACACUCCAGGCCCUGCCCCUCCCACACUCGAAGAAGGGGCAUCAUCCAGGGCUCCAGGCUGCUUUUUCCUACUCUUGCCUCCCUCGUGACACUGGUGUGUGGUGUUGUCUGUGUAUGCUAAUAACUCCAUCGCCCUUUCCAGCCCACUGCCAAUAAACAACUAUUUAAGGGGG